AAGCGCCUGGCCCGCAACAAGCUGGUUAGGGUUUACUUGUCAAUGGGAGCCGCAGCCUGGCGCCCAUCAUUUUCUUUUCAUCCUUCCUAACAGCGAGAAGCUCGGCGAAAUAGAGAAGGCGUUCUGGCCGUGGUAGUCGCACUGCUUUGACAGCAGGCUUUCUGUUUGCUGUCCUAGACUGACGUGAAUUGAGGAGAGUACAUAAUCUUUGUAGUCAAUUGGGGAUUGGUUUUCCAUUCCUUGCGCAGGACUCUUUUUGCAGUCAGACCCAUUGGAAAGAAUCCGUGCCGUACUUGCUGCUGCCACCAAUGGCGUCAAUCACAUCCGACGAGCUCAAUUUCCUGGUCUUUAGAUACCUGCAGGAGUCUGGCUUCACGCACUCUGCAUACGUGCUGGGCUACGAGGCGUUCUUGCACAAGUCCAACAUCAACGGGAACAAUGUGCCCCCCGGCGCGCUCAUCUCCUUCAUUCAGAAAGGCCUCCAGUACCUGGAAAUGGAGGCAAACCUCAGCGAGAACAACACGGACGUGGAGGGCGACUUUGCGCUGCUCCAACCGAUCGACCUGAUCACCAAGGACGUGGCCGAGCUGCGCGAGAUCAUCCGCGGCAAACGGGACCGGCUCGAACGAGAGCGCGACAAGGAGGCACAAAAGGAAAAGGAGAAGGAGGCGGCAAAAGAGCGGGAGCGCGAGCGCGCGGCGGAGAAGGAGCGCGAGAAGACGAAGCGGGAGGAGGAGCGGGAACGUGAGAAACUAGAGCGGGAGAGAGAGCGGGAGAAGGAGCGGGAAGCGCGGGAGAAAGAGCGCGAGGAGAAGCGGCUCAAGGUGGACGACACUCGGAGGGUCGACGGGAAAGCCGCAACAACUCCGCAGCCAAUGGAGGAGGACCUGAAGCCUGACCAGUACGGGACAGUGAUCAAGCCGUCCGAGGUGACGAUCCUCGAGGGCCACACGUCGGAGGUCUUCAUUUGCGCCUGGAGCCCCACCAGCUCCACGCUACUCGCUUCCGGCUCUGGCGACUCGACUGCGCGCAUCUGGCACAUUCCCGAGGGGCCAUGCGGCGACGUGGCGGCCCAGGCGGCCGCGCCGAAGCCGCUCGUUCUGAAGCACUUCAAGGGCAAGACCAACGAGAAGAGCAAGGACGUCACCACGCUCGACUGGAACGGAGACGGAUCAUUACUAGCGACCGGAUCCUACGACGGGCAGGCGCGAGUCUGGAGUAAAGACGGCGAGUUGAAGCAGACGCUUAGCCAGCACCGCGGCCCGAUCUUCUCGCUCAAGUGGAACAAGAAGGGCGACUACCUGCUGAGCGGGAGCGUGGACAAGACUGCCAUCAUCUGGGACGUCAAGACGGGCGAGGUCAAGCAGCAGUUCGCGUACCACACAGCCCCCACGCUGGACGUGGACUGGCGCAACAACCAGUCGUUUGCGACGUGCUCCACGGACAAGAACAUCUUCGUGUGCAAGCUGGGCGAGAGCGCGCCGGUCAAGGUGUUUUACGGCCACCAGGACGAGGUGAACGCCAUCAAGUGGGACCCAGCGGGGAACCUCCUGGCGUCCUGCUCCGACGACUUCACCGCCAAGAUCUGGAGCCUCAAGAGCGACAAGUGCUUGCUCGACCUGCGGAAACAUACCAAAGAGAUCUACACCAUCAAAUGGAGCCCCACCGGGCCCGGCAGCAUUAACCCCAACCUUCCCCUGCAGCUAGUCAGCGCCUCCUUCGACUCGACCAUCAAAGUCUGGGAAGUCGAGAAGGGACAGAUCAUCCAUAACCUGACCCUCCAUACGGAACCGGUGUACUCAGUGGCAUUCAGCCCGAAUGGGGAGUACCUCGCCAGCGGAUCCUUCGAUAGGUGUCUACACAUAUGGUCGUUAAAAGACGGGAGCUGCAUAAGGACGUACAGGGGAAGCGGCGGGAUCUUCGAAGUCUGCUGGAAUAAGGACGGCGACAAGGUAGGCGCAUGCUUUGCCAAUAACACGCUCUGCGUUCUAGAUUUCCGGAUGUAGAUAGGUGGACCCUUGUAAAAUGCAACGUGCAAACCCGUCCUCUGUACUGUACAUCAUUCGUUUCGCUUCUUAGAGCAGCCAUCUGGCUCAACC